AUGCGUUACUCCUACACUCUUCUGGCAUUCGCUGCCACAGCUCUGGCACUUCCCACUGCCAAGAACGACGACGGCUCAUGGAGCCCUGUUCCAGGCAAAUACGAGGGCGGCAGCACUGGCUAUGAUAAUGGCAAGUGGGCUCCUGGCAAGUAUGAGGGAGGCAACACAGGAUACGACAAUGGUCAGUACUACCCUGGCAAGUAUGGCAAGAAGACCAAGCGCUACGAUGAUGGUAAUUGGUACCCUGGCAAAUACGAGGGCAAGCCUCACACUCCCUAUGAUGAUGGUCAAUGGUACCCUGGCAAGUACCCCGGUGCAAAGGAGAAGCGUGCCGACAACGGCAAAUGGUAUCCCGGCAAAUAUGAAGGCAAGCCUCAAACACCCUACGAUGACGGCAAGUGGUACCCAGGAAAGUAUGAGGGCAAGCCUCACACUCCCUAUGAUGAUGGAAAAUGGUACCCUGGCAAGUACCCUGGUGCUAAGGAGAAGCGUGAGGAUGAUGGUAGCUGGUACCCUGGCAAGUAUGAGGGUGGCCACACUGGCUACGAUAAUGGCAAGUGGGAACAGGGCAAGUAUGAGGGCGGCAACACUGGCUAUGAUGAUGGCAAGUGGUACCCUGGAAAGUACCCUGGCAAGGAGUAA